CGGGCGGGGGCUUCGGCGGGGCGGGCCAGCGCCGCGGGGGCCGGGAGCGGGGUAGGCUGCGCCGUACAUAAGCGAGCUGCCCGCUGCCGCUGACGUCUUUCGAAUUGCGGACGGCUCGCGCCCCGCCCCGCCCCGAGUAAGAAGAAAUUUAGGAUGUCCAAACAUGUACAACGAUAUAGAGACCAUGAUACAAAUCCAUGUAUAGUGCUCUUAAGUGUGACGUGUCUCCCAUGUUAAAGGAAACAGAUGCCUCUAGAAAAUGCAUGGAUGACAAUAACUACAAAAAGGAUAUGUGUACCAAUUACUUUAUAAAAUACAGAAACUGCAGAAGAUUUUGGCAGAACAUUAUGGUGCAAAGGAGGAGAGAUGGUGUGAAACCAGAUAUGCCUACUGCAGAAGAAAGAGAGAAGAUCUUGAAGUCGGUAGAAAUGCCAUACUGAUUAUGUACCUGCUCUGUUUUUGUACUGACUUGCUGAUCUUAAUGUUGUGCUUGUACUGUGUAUAUGUGGAGACUUUUAUAAGCUAGGCAUUUUAUUUUUUAAAAUUUAAUUCUGAAUAUAUCUUUACCCAAAAUACUAGUUUAACCUCUCUGGGGUAAGAUUAGUUUUUGCUUUAUCUAUAUUAGGGCUGGGCAAAAUACGGCCUGAGGCUGGAUAUGGCCUGCAAGGCCAUUAUAUCCAGCCUGUGGGGCCCCUAAAAAAAUGUAGACAAUGAAUAUUUCUCUGUCCUUGGUUCCUGUCAAAAAUGAUAGGAACCAAGGGCAGUAGGACCCAGAGGAAGCCCAGUGGGAGGGCUCCAACAACAGCAGGGCCUGCCUGGCCCCACCCCCCAGCUGUAAGCCCCAGCUGGGGUUUCUGGGUUGGCUGCUCCAGUGCAGGAAGCUCAGGUAAGUGAGGGGUGGGGACCCUGGGCAGGGAAGGAACACGGGGUGGGGAAGCGGACUCUCCCUGCCCCAUGCCCAGUGUCCUGCACUGCAGCUGCUUGCAGCCUGCAUGGGGCUGCCUGUGCCCACUCCAGACAGCCCCAUGCGGGCUGCAAGUGCCUGCAUCAUGGGGCACUGGGUGUGGGAGGGGCCACCUCCCGCCCUGCGCUUAGCUUUUCCCCAGGCUCCUUUCCUGCACAGAGAAAAGCGGCCUCUCGCCCACCCCAUGACCAGUGCCCCAUGCUGCAGGCACUCACAGCCCAUGUGGGGCUGUCUGGAGCAGGCACAAGCAGCCCCAAGCAGGCUGUGGGCUGCUGCAGCGUGGGGCACCAGGCAUGGGGCAGGUGAGGGACUGCUUUCUCCGCCCACUGCGCUCAGCACUACCUUGUAACCUGGCCCCACUGCCAGGCUGCAGUAAGGCGGGUUAUAAGCUGGUGCUGAGCAUAGGGGAAAAGCAGCCCCUUGCCUGCCCCAAGGCCAGCGUCCCAUGCUGCAGUCGCUCUCAGGCACGGGCAGCCCCAUGCAGGCUGCUCCAGACAGCUUUGCGUGGGCUGCGAGUGCCUGCAGCGCAGGGCGCUAGCCAUGGGGCAGGCAGGGGGCUGCUUUUCCUCGUGCUCAGCACCAGCUUCUUCCCUGCCAGUGAGCAGGGGGCCGGGGCUGUGCACUGCCCCCUGCCUGUACCACGGGACUGGGGGGCACUGGGUGUGAGUGGGUGGGGAGCCAGCAGGAGCAUGGGGCAGUGUCCUGGGCCCAGUGCUGGUGGGGCCCAAAGCAGAGUGGCAGGAGUGCGGGUUCCUGGCUGGCAGGGGCUUUAUGGAGCUCCCCCCCCCCCGCUGGUGCAGCCCAACCCAGCUCCACAGACCCCUGCCAGCCUGCACCCCGCUCUGGGCCCCACUGGUAUUGGGCCCAAGAUGGUGACCAAGGGGUGGGGCACCUGUCAAGGGGCAGGGCUACCCAUGUGGCCCUCUGCAGCCUGCCAAAACUGGGUAAGCAGCCCUCCGCCCAAAAUAAUUGCCUGCCCCUGGCCUAUAUAUAUGUUUUCUGCCACAAUGGGAUCCUGCCUUUUAUGUAGGGAUUUAAGAUGUAAAAAUUAGGAUGUAUUAUUGCUCUUGAGAGCAAUUUCUCACUUCUGUACUGAAUUUUUUUUUUUUUUUUUAAACAAGAUAUUGACUUCUGUGCCAGGAUUUAUCAGAUAUAUCUUCCCACCUACAAGAGUAACGGUCCAUAGACCUGAAAACAAAGCAGAUAUAAGAGUGUUUGAGUGUAACUUAACAUGAUUAUUGUAGUGUUCUUGACCAUAAAUGGAAUAUGCAAGUGCUCAAUGAGGUUUUUAUUCUUUACCUACAAUUUAAAAACAUGCCUAUAUAAAUGACUUUAAGUGAAUUUUAGCUAGGACUGUAUCAAAGUAAUUUAUCAUGCUCUUGAAAUGUUUAAAAUCCAAUGUUCCUAAUAAAAUACUGUAGAUCCCAUCAUAUCUGUACAAAUAUGGAGUUAAACCAAA